GUCAAACUUCCGGGUGCACCAAGAUGUCAGCUCCCAGCUCACGGAUUGUAUAGUUUUACGAUGUUUACUGCUUGGCUUUUUGAAAUAAGAUUGUCAUUUUAAGAUUUUCUGUUCGAUGUAAAGCGAAUAAGAUGGACUUUCUCUGGCUUUUCACCAUCUAUACAAUUUUCCUUAUCAUCUGUAUUUCUGCAUUCUGCUUCCUGUCUGCAAGAUCCAGAAGCAGCUUGGACAGCGUGUUCCACAGAGCAGAGAAGGCGCUGUCCUUUCUGCUGCCCCCGUGGCUGCAAAGAUGCUAUUCCAGCUACACGAGAAGCGGAGUUUUUGUGGCUCUGCACCUGAUUCUCGACGCUUUGGUUUUUGCUGAAUACACCUGGGAGGUGUUUGAUUAUUGCUCGGAGCUGGAAAUAAACCGGCUGUUUCUUUUGCUGCCGUAUACUCUAAUAACGGCCAACCUUUUCUUCUUUUACAAAUGCUGCGUAACAGACCCAGGGGUGGUGACCAAGCAGAAUGAAGCGUCGCGCUCACAGGUGUACGAAUACGAUGAGGUCCUGUACCACCGCCAUGAACAGUGCCACACCUGCCGCCUGACAAAGCCCGCCAGGUCCAAGCACUGUAGUGUGUGCGGAUACUGCGUGCAGCGCUUUGACCACCACUGCGUCUGGGUCAAUAACUGCAUCGGCUCCCUAAACAUCGGAUACUUCCUGCUUUACCUCUUCAGCCUGACGCUGACGGUGUUCUCCCUGGCCGCCGUCUUUGCCGUCUUCCUCCUGCAGGUGGUGCUGUUGUCACACAUGAUGACUGCCGCCUAUGUGGACAGCGACGGCCGGGAGCAGAUCAUGAGCAUCGCCGUCAUUAUUCAGCACCUCUUCCUAACCUUUCCACGCAUCGUCUUCACGCUGGGAUUCCUGCUCAUUUUGAUUCUCCUGCUGGGGGGAUAUGGAUCCUUUAUGUUCUACUUGGCCCUCACUAACCAGACCACUAACGAAUGGUUCAAAGCAAAGAGGCUUAGCUCAACUGUUCUAUACGCGGGAUAUUCGAGAGGCCUUCUGGCGAACAUGCAAGAAAUAUUCCAGCCACACGUAUAUUACAAGAAAGGCCGGUGAAUACGAGAUACGGUCCCAUCCAAUAUAUUAUCAGCAUAGGGGAGAAGUACUGGCUUAGCGAUGGAACACCUGAUGGGUUGGUGGUGCACCGCCUUGUUAAACUGAAUGAAGAUUAUGGUCACAAAGGGUCCCACCGUCAGGAUUUUUGCC